AUGAGGACAGCUUUCUUCGUCCUCUGUCUCUGUCUCCUGCUCGCGCACGUCGAGGCUUCCAUGCCGCCCAGCUGCAAGCCGGUCAACGCUAGGAACGACAAUGCCGACUUGAACACUUUCAGCACCAUUGCGAAAGAGAUGGGGCUGCCGCUGGGGCUGAGCUCCUCCUCUGCGGAGGAGCAAGAGAAUGACGACGACGAGCCGUCGGAGCAGCUGCUGCUCUGGAACGCGUCGACGGCUGGCAAGAUCUACGACAUCGAGCUCGCGCUCAGGCGAUCCGCAUCGCUGGAGAAGUUCAACAAGGACGGCAUUACCUCCCUGCACAUGGCGAUCAAGGAGCAUCGACUGGGAGCAGCUGCGUUGCUAGUGGCCAAGGGAUGCGACGUGAACGCGUCCCAUGACUUACCCAGCACUCUCUUGCUCCUCGACCUCGGGGCCCUACCCAACCAUGCCGACGACAAAGGGAUCCUCCCGCUGCACGAGGCUGUGAUGAACGGGAACAAGGGAGUGCUGUCGUGCUUGUUGAACGCGGGGAGCGACCCGUUCGCUGUGACGUUCGAGAGAAUCUCAGUCAUGGACAUGGUGAACAAGCACAUCGAAAACGCGAGGAAGCGGGAGGAGUUUGUGGAACUGAUCAGCUUCUACCAGUCGAGGUCGAAGAGGCCGGAGAGGAGGAAGGAGGAGGAGGACUACGGUAAGACCAUCAGCCUGAACAACGUGCUGGAGGCUGUGGAGGACCUGAAGAAGCACGGGAACAACAUCGGGGACAAGGAGGUGGACAUGCUGGUAGCGAAGAUCACAGGCGCGAGCAAGCAGAGAGAGGAGGAGUUGAGCGAAAUUCGAGAUCAGUUCCCUCCCCCACUGCGGGAGGAGAGGGCGGUACUGCAGCAGGGAGGAGCCGACCGUGGGGACUUGUCACAACUCGAUUCCGCUGAGCUGAAGGCUGCGAUGGAGGAGGAUCGACGUUUCGCAAACCAGCAUCAGAGUUUCUUCCAGGAGUUCAAAGCAGCGCGGGAGGUGAAACACCUUGACCCUGCUCGCUCCCCUGACAAGAUCGUUGAGAUGUUCCCGGUGAAACCCGUCGAGGCCCACGAGGGGCUGAGCAUGGACGAGUUCUUUGAUGGGGAGAUGCAGCCGGUGGCGGAAGAAGCAGCCUCGUUCCAGCGAACUGUCAAGGAGUGGGACGACAACAUGCAGAACAUUUCCCAGUACAUCCGUAAGAACUUCGGGGUUGACUUGGAAGGAGCAAUCAAGGACAAGGAGGACAACAGCAUCAAUCCUGCUCUCGGUUUCUACGAGGAAGAUGGGAAGUGGUUCGGAUGGGACCGACAGGGAAAGGCAGAGGCUGAGAAAGGAGCAGAGCCAGGAAAGGGGGGACAGCAGCUGUGGGACGAGGACGAGGACGAGGACGAGGACGAGAAGGAGGACGAGGAUGCAGCAAGAAAGAAGGCGGAGGAUGAGGAGGAGGAGGAGGAUAAUCGGUGGCAGGUGGAUGAGUGGGAGCAAGCAGCAAAAAACUUGUGGAAGGAGUAG